UACUGUAUUUAGGUUGUGUUAGGUAUUUUUUGCGUUUCAAUUGUUAAAACAAAAUGGCAUAUUCCGUCUUAGAUGAGUUGAAAAAAGACGCAUUAAAUUGCGUACUUUGUUUCCAGGUUCCCGGUGAAGACGACGAUGACUCCAAUAUUUUUAAACAGCUAAGCUGCAAUCACAUUUUUUGUAAAAAUUGCCUUGUGAAAUGGGUGAAACCAGAUGAUGGCCGAAUUACUUGCCCGACUUGCCGCAAAGAAACGGUCCUGGACAACACUGUGGAUAACCUUCCGUUAGCUUUUCAGGCAACACAUAUAAUUGAUUGGAUAAAUAAAAAACAAGGAAAGGAGCUAGAAGGCGAGAUGACAAACCGACAAUGCCCAGAUCAUAAAGUACCAAAUAAUUUCUUUUGCACUGAUUGCAAUGAGUACGUAUGUGGAGAUUGCCUGGCACUAACGCAUAAUAGGAAACAUAAAACGCUGCAUAUUAAAGCAGAGGCAGAAUCAAAGCGUAAAGAAGUACAGGAGAUGAUAAGAAGAAUAGAUACUCAAUUGGUACACUGGAGAAAAGCAGAAGACCAAAAAAGACAAGUUGUUAAUAGUAUCGAAGCAGAAGCAGCUACUGCAAUGGCAUCAGUGAGUAAUUAUUUAGAACAAGUCGGUGGGACUUUGGUGUCAACAAGAGAAUGGCUAGGAAACGCAAUAAAACAUGAACAAGAGGCGAAAUCCAACGCUGUGAAAAAAGAAAUGGAAGCAAUAACUAAUCAAAUUGGAAAAUUUGAACAUAAGAUGGAAAUAGCAAGGAACUCCUUGAAAUACUCAGACGAUUAUAAGAUAUUCAAGGAACAUGCUGGUAUUGUAAAGAUACUUGAAGAAGUUCUUGACAAUCCGCCUGCUAUCUUAACCAAUCAAACACCGGCAGAUUCGUUUAGGUUUACACCUAAUUUAAUUGCUAUCAAACGCUGUCAAAAGGAUAUUAUGAGGAUGGGAAAAGUUCAUAAAUCAAAUGAAUCACUUAUUCUUGUACGUAGAGAAUCAUUCAAGGACACUUCGCAAUUUGUCUUGCAAUGUAUGAAAAACGUUGUGAAAAGAGCGUAUGAAUUAAAUGUCAGGGAAAUGUCGCCAGACGAAGAAAGACAAGCAAAAUGUAUAUUUAUUGUCGAGCAGUUGCAAGAGGCUUGUGGUGAGAAAUGGAGUUGUAUUAUAGGAGAUUUUACGGUGUCUGUAAAAGAAUCUCUGCAUUGGGCCAGUUUCAUCGUAAAUAAAACCGAUAGAGUUUUCAUCUUUAAAACCAUAACUACAGAUGCUGCACAUGAAGGUAAAAAUGCUGUACAAAAAGAUAAAAAGCAUAGGAAGCCAGCUAAGUUGUUGCAUAAUAUCACGUCGUCAAAGCCUGUAUCUAGGGCGAAGAGUUAUUUUUCCUAGGAUGGUACAGGGCAAUUACCAUAAAAUUAUGAAAAUGGCGUGUAUACGGCGGCAAGGUCACUGUGGUCUCCGAUAAGAUCUUGGAGAAAGUUGGAUUAAUGGGUCGGGCGAAACGAUAAUGUUGGCUACGCAAUAAAUAACAUUAUAUUGCUAAAGGAGGUUAUGUAUUUAAGAGAGGAAAAAUUACAACAUACUGUAAUAGAUAAGAUAUUUUUUUUAAAUUGUUGAGUGAUCAACUAAUUAUUCAAUAAAUUGGUCACUUAAUCACUAAUCAAUCAAUCAAUCAAUCAAUCAAUCAAUCAAUCAGUCGUAAAAACAAUAUUUACCAUCGGUGCAAAUUUUCAUUGUAUUUUGUUGUACCAGUACUUGCUUCUGUUUAGCAAUUGACAAUUUUGUUGUAUCAAUUAAUAGACGUUGAGUAUAAUUAUUGAAACUUAUCAAUCACAGGCUUCAAAUGGGGGCAUAAAAAUUGUCGACUAACCCAGAAAAAUACGGUAAAACCAGAUAAUAACAAUAGGUCUAUAAUAAUAUAAAAAUGAUGCUUAUAAUAUAUAAUAAUAUCAAAUGUAUUCAAGAAUUAUAAUAGUAAUUACAAUACAAAUUAUUACAAUUUUUGUAUAUAACCAAAAUAUGUUUUAUGCAACAGGUCUUUAGCAGGUUUAACAGGUAAUCAAGUUAACGUAUCAUUGGGUAUUUAAUAAUCAACAAGUUUAAUUAUUUUCAUCAUUAUCCUGUAGGCCUAUAUAUAAUCAAGAGGUUUUAACAGAUAAUUUUUAACAGAUAUUAACACGGAAUUAGCAAAAAGUUAACAGGUUAGCAGGUUUAACAGGUACCGGUAAUCAACUGGCAUCUAACAAGUAUCAAAUAGAUUAUAUUUAUAAUUAUCCAGUAGGCCUAUAUAAUCAAAAUAGGUUAUAACAGGUACCGUAGUUCAACAGAUAACCUGGAAUUAGCAAACUGCAACAGGUUUUAACAUUAAUUUUUAUUAGAAGGUUUAGCAGGUUUUAACAGGUACCGGUAAUCAACGGGUACAUUAAACUAUUCAAAACUUUCAAUUACCUAUUAGGCUAUCAUUAUACAGUAUACAAAUGCAAAAUAUAUACAACUAUAUUUUCAUCGGUAUAGUAGGCUACGUUGACCUGUUAUGUCGAUUCAUGACUUGUUUAGGGGUAAACAUUUCUAUAUGCUAUUGUCGUCUGUCUUCUCCAUGACUAAAUGGUAUGGGGGUAUACCGGUAUGAAGGCGUGUGACGGUUACAGCUUAACUUGAUACCGGUACUCAAUAAUUGUUUAGAAAUAGGCAUUAUAAAAAGAUCAUUUUUGAUGCAGUGCAUCGUACCAUGUUAACGUGCUUAGUGGACCUAUGUAAACACCUGGUUGAAUUAGCUUUAGAAAACGAAUUAAAAUGAUACCAGGAUGUUCACAGUUUGAGGUCAGGUAAUCAAACAAAAAAUGUGCGUCUCCAUAUUUUCGUUUUGUGUGCAUCUUACCAUGACAUGAGCACUGUAGUAGGGUACGUAUAUACCCAAGGAACUUAGAAAACUUUAAAAGUUUAAAGGACACGAGGCUGUUCAAAAAUCCUAUUCAUCCUGCUUGCAGCGAAUCAGAUCAAAUCAAUGCCGUAACCAGCUAUUGGUACAGUUGGGACAGUCCUACACCAUUUUUCCAAAUUAUGUAAUUUUAAACAUAAAAUGGGUCCAGAUUUCUCAUAUUUAGCUUAAAAUGAAUAAAAUUCAAGAAAAUGGGUCUAGAUUUUUCAUUGCG